AUGGACAUAGCGAAACCAACAAUAGUCCUGAUCCCCGGCUCAUUUUGCUCCGCGGCCCUUCUCUGGGACGCUGUCAUUGAUGAGCUGCAUAGUGCUGGGUACGAAACACUGGCCGUUGAGCUUCAGACCGUCGGUCCUCCGUCUACUAAUCCGGCAAAAACCAUGGCUGAUGAUGCUGCCCACAUUCAUGGGAUCAUCGAGGCUCUCGCCGAUGAUGGCAAGGAAGUUCUGGUGGCCAUGAGUUCUUUCGGUGGUAUCCCAGGUACGCAAGCUGUGAAGAACGUGACACGGAAGGAGAGACAAGAGGCCGGCAAAGCAGGAGGAGUCACAGGGCUAGUGUACGCCUCCGCGCUACUCGUCAAUGAAGGAGAAAGCUCUGAAGAUAGCUUCGCGCCGUUCACAGUUCCACACGCAUCUCGGAACUUUUUCAAGGUUUCAGGCGAAUAUCUUCAACUGGAGCCCGUCGGAAGUGCCGCAUUUAUCUUUUCCAACCUACCAAAGUCAGUAGGUGAAUCAAUGACCCGCAAAAUGUCUGGUCAUGCGUCGGGCUCGUUUCGCGAGAAGAUGACAAGCACAAGCCAUUAUGAUGUUCCUGUGACCUACAUCAAGUGCACAGGUGAUCAGACAAUCUAUCCAGCUCACCAACAGAAGAUGAUUGAUGAUCUCAAGUCGCUUAGCCGCAGUACUGUCAGCGUGAUUGAGAUCGAUAGUGGACAUUGUCCAAUGGUGGAGCAUGUAAAGGAAACAAGUAAAGCUAUCAUUCAAGCUGCAGGCUACAGCUCCUGA